AUGGAUAGACUACGUCCCGGAGACGUGAGUCCCAUGGUGACGACGCUUGAUGAAUAUAGGCAAACUCACGAUGUAUCACCGCUAUCGCCUGCAACGGAGGACGAGCCGCGUACCCCGAGGCGGGGUCGCAGCAGGCGGUGGCGACACAUUCCGAACGAGGCUUUCGCAGUAUCGCCAGAAUCUCCUCCGAAACUUGUAGACCGGACAUGGCUAGCAGAUGAAUCGGACGCACGAUCGGCAUCGCCAAAAUCCCCGGAUACCCCAGCUUUCGGCCACCAAGUAUGGGACAAGGAGCUCAGUUUUGGGGGCCAACCACAUUUUCCUCCGCAGCCGCCUUCACCAGAAGGCCCCCAAGAGGAGAGCCGAUUAAGUCUUGAUUCUCUGCAAGAAACGACUCCAGACGAAGGCGGAGAAAAGAGCAAGACUCGAAACUACCCGGCGGCGACCCCACCUGGUGCGACACCAACCCCUGCUCAUCAUGAGAAUUGGGACUCUCCUUGGCUCCGCGAGCUCACUCUCAUCGCUCUUGCGCUUGCCUUUGCCGUAGUAGCUGUUGCAAUAUUGGCACUUUACGUGGUGUCGUCAAAGAAUAUAGGCCUCGGAUCUUACAUUGAUCCCGUCGACUUGGUGUAUCUUUGGAAGUUCAUUCCAACUUCAGUACUAGCUUCACUUUUGGCAAUAUGGAACUGCGUUGAUAUUAACGCAAGGCUGCUUCAGCCUUGGGCAAACCUGCGGGAGGGACCUUCGUCAACGGAGAGGACGAUAUUCCUCGACUUGGUGUCGCCACCAUGGCUGAUUACGUGCAAAGCCACCGUUCUAAAGGGCUUUUAUGUACCGAUGCUUACGAUUUCAGGUGUUCUAUUGCUCAACAUUCUGGUUAUCUUGUCAACAAGCCUAUUGCAAGUAGAGCCGGAGCUGAUGCACGAUUACCAACUUCCGUCAAUCAGAUAUGUCGAGGAUAGAGUGCAAGUCAAGUUGGGAACUGCAGCAACUCUCAUCACACUUCUACUCGCAUGUCUUGGUAUUUCGGUUGCGGUACUGUAUAAGCGACCACAAUGCGUCGUUCCGAGAAAUCCCCAGAGUAUUGGUGGCCUAGCGUUUAUUCUGCAGGGUAAUCUUGAGUUGAGUCACCACUUCAGAUCAAACUAUCAGCACCUGCGCUAUCAUUUACAGCACGAGCGUUUCUCAACAAUAUCUAAUGGUCACACGUUCGCCCUUGUGAGGGAAGGGAUGAAUCCAUCGUACCAACCUGCCAAGGAGAUAAGGGAGGGGAUCGAUACAUUACUCUGGUGGCAGCCUCUUGCUCUACGGAUCUGGAGCCGAGUACUGGCCAUUAUGUUUCCUCUGGCUCUGAUAGGAGCACUCGAAGGCAUACAGCACGUUUCAGAUGAUGCCGGUGGGAUGUCAAUCGCGUUCUUCCCCGAUGCGGCACAUUAUGGCGUGACAAUAAUUCCGGCUAUCAUAAUGUGGGGUACCAGUAUGCUUUAUUCUUCGAUAAACUUUAACACUAUACUCAUGUCGCCCUAUUGCGCUCUUACCAGCGGAGCAUCCUCGAGCCGCGGCCUGUUCACUCAUAACCUCGGCCGCCUGCCUCUCUUACAAAUGUUGUCGUCAUUUCGUCGACGACAUCUGGCGGCAGGAUUCACAAGCGCAGCUACCAUGGUCGGGCCGUUCCUGAUAAUCAUAGUCUCCGGUCUCUACACCAUCAAGUCCUCCUCUCACACCUCCGAGACGCAGACCGAUCAAUUAAGUCUGACAUACAGCAACACAAAGAUCAUACAGAACCGCCCUCCGAAGCUGGCUCUACAGGUACUUCUCGGAUUCAUGGCGCUUUGCAACAUCGUUGCGUGGGCGAGCAUGCGGACAAGGGGCAUAUUACCGCAUAAUCCGAGCUCGAUCGCUGGAGCCGCGACGCUUCUGGCUGGUGGUGAGUUAUGGAAGGGGGACGACGAACAAAGGAGAGGACUAUUCAUGCCAAGCGAAGCAGCGUGGCGAAGCGAACGGGAACUGAAGAGACAAGGCUUGUGGGCGGGUGUGGUGUUCGGGCUCGGGUGGUGGCCCGAUGGGAGGUUCGGCAUUGAUGCUGGGGGACCUAUCGACGACGGAGGAUAA